AAAAAAUUAGAUUUUUUGUAAAUGAUGCCGAUCUUAAAUCACAUAUAUGAGAAAAUCACAACUAAGAGAACUAUUGAUGAGGAAUAAAAAAAAUUUGAAGAGUUAGUUGAUGAGGUAACUUCAUUAUUGGAAGAUGUUGAUUACUAUAAUAAUGCUUCAGAAGAUUUAUAUAACAAUCAACAAAAGCAGAUAAUUUUCUUAUGUAAAGAGCUUUUACACAAGUGUGAAUAAUCUUUAAGAUAGUAAACAUCAAAAGAUAAUUUGUAAUUUAUUUGAUUCAAAUUUUAUAUAGUUUAAUUUGCUUAUUUAAUAGUUAGAAUAAUGUAUAUAAGGAAAUGUUACAGAAUAUUGAAGAGUUAAGAAAAUUCAAGGUUAAAUUAAAAGAAAUGGAAAUUCAAUCUGUGUAAUUAGUACAAACAGUAUUGAUACCAAAAUAAAACAGAAUAUAGACAUAAUAGAGUAAAUAAUCAUGAUUAUUAUUAGCAUCAAUCUAUUCAAUUAGGAUUGUCCUAAAACUUUCAGCCCCUAAAAAUAUUUAAUAAAUAUUUUUUUAAAACCCUUUACAUCUGAAGAAUGAGUAUGUUUUUAAACUUUAGAUGGAAUUAACAGAUUCUCAAAAACAUAUUUGGGAUUUUUAAAGAUAACAAUUUAUAAAAGUCAAAUAAUUGAUAAAAGACAUAAAUAUUUUUACCUUAUCUAAAAAACAUUGCACUCUUGAAAUGAGAAACUCUCUUAAAUAUACUGAUUCCGAGAAAGUUAAAUAUAAUAAUUGUAUGACCAGACCUGAAAUAAACUCAUAAGAAAUUAAGUAAGAUUAAAAUGAUUAAGCAUAUGCAUUAAAAAUGUUUUUGGUUGUAAUAGGUAAGAAUGGUCUAUAAGUAAUACGAAAGUCAAGAAUGAUAAAAUUAAAUAUGGGAGAAGAUUACGAAUUGAUGGAGAAAGAUUAAAUAGUACUUAUGCAGGACUAAAAUUCGGAACCAUUAAUUUCUUAUAGUGUUAAGAAGUUUGUGAUUUAAUAAUUAUGA